AUGGAGAUAGAAGCGGCUGAAUCUACAUUGGUGCUUUUGGGUGCAAUGGCAGUAGCAUUGCUCGUCUUGUGGAUAUAUCGUCUUGUACAGUAUCGUAAAGCUUUACGACGUUCGCAGGCACGAUGGGUGGCAUAUGAGCCAGCGCCCGUGCUUACAGAAGAUGACUUGGGACUCAAUUGGCCAAGUUUAAAGCCUAUUCUUUUAUCGCCAAUACCUGAGGAGCGUCAUGAGAGUGGACGCGAGUCGGAGAACGACUCAAUGUCAUCGACACGCAGGGAUUCAUUGUGUUUGAGUGCAAUCUCUGUCAUUGCCUAUGGGAGCUUAGAUCACCCAGUGGCAAAAACUGCCACGGUUUAA